AUGCAGCUCACCAUUCUCGCAACGGCGCUUCUUGCCGUCAGCGCCUCCGCAGCGCCCACCUGCUGCACCAACGCCGAGCGGCGAGAGUGGAGAACUUUCUCAACUAAGGAGAAGCAAGCCUACAUCGCGGCAGUGAAAUGUCUUCAAAGCAAGCCAUCUCAGUUGAAGAGCACCUACCCGACGUCGCAGAAUCGAUUCGAUGACUUUCAGGCGGUUCAUAUUGACCUGACGGAGAAGUAUCACUUUACUGGACCUUUCCAGGCCUGGCAUCGCGUCUUUCUCCACAAGUACGAAUCCGACCUCCGGGGACUUUGUGCAUACAAGGGCUACCAGCCUUCCCAAAUUCUUGACAUCGGUGGCCAAUACUGGACCAAGGAUUCCGGGUCUGAGGCUGCCUUCCUCGCCUCGCCUGUCUUUGACGCUGUUAAUGGCUUCGGUGGAAACGGACCUUACGUUGAUACGUCGAACUUUCCCGUCACCAACGUCCCCGUCAAAAUCCCGAAUAAGACUGGCGGAGGCUACUGGACUCUUGAGGCCGCGUCUUUCGCUGUCUUUGACUUCCGUCUGCAGGGCACAGGCAUCGAGCCAGAAGGCAUGACAGUUCAUGCAGGUGGCCACCUUGACCCGCUCUUCUAUCUUCACCACGCCAAUCUUGACAGACUCUGGGACCAGUGGCAGAGGAAGAAGUUUGCUCAGCGUGUCCAGGAUAUGACCGGACCGGAUACAAUGUGGGCCUAUCCAUUCAACUUCUUUGGCGACGUACCCUAUACCAAUAUCACUCUGGAAACCUUGCUCGACUUCAAGGGUCUCCUUGGGUCCAGCUCGGCAGACCGAUAUGUCAAGAUCAAGGACGUUAUGGACAGCCAGGGUCCGAACCUCUGCGUCUUCUACAAAUAG